CAAACAAAGAUUGUUCUUGCUUCCAUCUUAGGGAUGUGAUUGUCACUAAUCCAUAUGCAUUCAAUGUAUAAUACUGAAAGUAAGAAAUCAAUAGAAAUUGGCAUAACACAAAUUCCAUUGUUGCCAAAAUCUACUAGAUCCGUUGCCAUGCAUAGAGGCAUAGCGGACCAUCAAUUUAGUCUUAAGCCGAAACUCAUUGCCUAAAUAAGACUGUGUCGAGACUCAUAAUAGGACUCUUAAUCUGUCCCAAAAAAAGGUUCAUGCCAUCGGUGCUUGGUUGACAAAACUCAGAAAACUCUAAAGAAUUACACUCUAUCAACUCGAACGCCCGACUUGAGUAAUUUUUCACCUCUAAGCCCAAUGAUAUUAGCAUUAGGCUAAUGACAGGUUUUUGUAAACCUUCCUCACGUCCCAAGCCAAAGUUUGGAAUCCCCUAACGUGCUCUAUUUUUGUUACCUUGCAUGGUUGUGCGCAAUAUCCCUCCAAAUGACUCAAAGAAUAAUUCCAUCUCAUGCCCUAAAAUAACAUUUCAAUGACCUCAUUCGCCCCUGCCCAAAUCAAAUAUGGACUCCUUCGCUUCCACUUCUUCCCAUCCGUACACCCGCUACCGACAGGCGCAACCGGUGGGCGAAAGAAUCGUCCGCGCCAUCCGUCACCACCUCCGCCUCCUCCACCGCUCCGAAUCCAACUUCUUCGUGUUAGGCGCUACAGGGAAUGUCUACACUGUGAUCCUAUCCAUGACCCCUUCGUGCACCUGCCCUGACAGGACCACACCCUGCAAACACAUACUAUUCGUGCUUAUACGGGUCCUGGGUGUCUCUCUGGAUGACACGUGUCUGCGAAGGAGCACAUUGCGGCUGUGCCAAGUCAGCAGCCUGCUUGGCAUGCCUACAUUGCCGGACGCAUUGGCCGGGGAGACUCUUAGGCGGAUAUUUCAUGAAUUGUUUUUUAAAUCGAGGCCGCAGAGAGCGGCGAUUGAGAUUCAAGAAGGGAGAUCGUGUCCGGUUUGUUUGGAUGAGAUGGAUAAAGGAGAGAGAGUGGUGGCUUGUGGGACGUGUAGGAAUGUGAUUCACGAGGAGUGUUGGUUGAAGUGGAAGAGGAGCGGCGGAAGGAGGCCAGCAAGUUGUGUAAUCUGCCGUGCACGGUGGAGGAACAUUAAGGCCGAUGAGGAUAAGUACUUGAAUUUAGCUGCUUAUAUUAGGGAGGACGAUGGUGGUUAGAUAGAAACACGAGAUAGCUGAAUUGUAAAAAAGACAAACUUUCAUGUAAAUUAUAUUCAAUUUCAAUGGAAUGUACGUAGUCUUACUGGGAGAGG